AUGACAACAAUAGAUGAUAAUAAAAAAAAUGAAAAAGAUACGGAAGAAUUAAAGAGAUUAAAUGAACUCUUUUCUAAACGUUAUACUAAUGAAGAUGAAGAAUAUAUUCAAAUGACUCAACGUUCAAAUAGUCCACCAGUUGUUCCUGACUGGAAUCAAGAAAGAAAUACUCAUCGAUCACAACAAUUUAAUAAUAAUAAUAAUAAUAAUCAACGACGUUAUUUUUCAAAUGAUCGUCAAUCAUAUCGAAAUUUCUCAAAUAAUCAUCAUUCAUAUCGAAAUUCUUCAAAUAAUCAUCAUUCAUCUCGAAAUCGUAGUCGAAGUCCUUAUCGUGAUACACGUCAAUGA